GAACGCUUAUCCACCCCCUCCGCGGUGAGGGGCGGGUGAGUACAGGUCCACAUGUAUAAAGCUCAUGCCUCUCAGCUUCUCUCCACACACACGCACUUCAGGACUCCAGCAGCGUCCCUGAGAGAACAUCAGCCCUGAACUUUGACUCAGAAGAACAUCUGUUCUCUUUCUUCCUCUCUCUCUCUGUUCACUCUGCGGUGUGAUGAUGAGGCGGCUCUCUCUGGCUCUGGUGGCCGCUCUGUGUGUGGCUCUGUGCGGCGCCGCCAGCAGACCGGGUCCCGCUGCAGCAGCUGUGCGGAACUCCAUCAAACACCCGGGCAGUGGAGCCUCCGCUCCCACACACACUCACACACACACCGUCAGCGCGAGACCCAGCGAUGGCGGGCGCGAGGAGGACACUGACGUCACACAGCCGCUAGGCUGCGCUGUGGACUCUGAGUGCCGCACGUCUGAGUUCUGUAACGCUGCGCGCAGUGUGUGCAUGCCGUGCCGCAAACGGAGGAAGCGCUGCGCGCGGAACGCCAUGUGCUGCAGCGGGAGCUUGUGUGUGAACGGUGUGUGUCAGGCAGCUGAAGUGAACUCCACUGUGUCAGUCAGCACUGCUGAUGUGCCGCAGCAGGUCAGUAAUAGUGAGUUCCAGACAGUCACUGUGACCGCAGCUCGAGUUCAGAAUAUCACUCUAUUGCCAGAGCCGCCCAGAAGAACCAACAUGCCCUCAAAAACACAGCAAAUAAUAAAAGGUGGUGAGGGGGAGGCAUGUUUGAGGUCAUCAGACUGUGCCGAGGGUUUGUGCUGCGCACGGCACUUCUGGUCUCGGAUCUGUAAGCCGGUACUGACCGAGGGUCAGGUGUGCACACGGCACCGCCGUAAAGGUACCCACAGCCUGGAGAUCUUCCAACGCUGUGACUGUGGUCAGGGCCUGGUGUGUCGAGCCCAAAGAGACAGAGCAGGAGCAGCAGAAGGCCAGCAGCAGCCUAUCCAGCAGCAGCAGCAGCAGCACAGCAACACUAACAGAGCAGCCAGAAACCUUCACACAUGCCAGCCACGCUGAGCCAGCACAACCUGCUGAGGACAACUCACUUUACACUGACACACACACUAACGCUUACACACACAUACAGUGCAUUACGCAUGUGCAUGCAUGGACUCACACACUGAAGGGAUAUUGGAAAUCCGACUCCCCGGAAGGAUGCUCCAUUAAAAGGAUUGAUCAUAUUUCCCGGACGGAUGCAGAAAAGGCACACCUUGUGGAAGUUCGAAUCGGAGACUUUGCCACUGAAGACAGAUUUUUUUUUCUUCUUCAGGGUCAUCAAAAAGGCAGAGUGUUGUUUCCCUUUAUAAGGGAACUGUAAACUCUUCUUGCAGUAAAUUACUGUAUUGUAAAUACUUAUUUGGAAGUGGCACUUAACUGAGCUUAUUGAUUCUGUAAAAGUAGUAUUGUAAGAUCAGGUGCUGCAUGACUCAAUGCUAAUACUGUAAAUGUGCAAAUGAUAUGAUUUAUAUUGUUAUUUACAACAUGACACAAAUACUCUAUUUUUAUU